UUGAUUCAGGGAGUACACGCAAAAAGGAACAUCCGGGUCCCAAGCCACUUCUCCUCCUCCUCUUUCUCCUUGUCGUCGUCUCGUCUCGUCUCGUCUCGUGUCUGCCAAGCCCAGCCUGAUCGCUGCUUACUCAUCUCACCACCACCACCACACACCCCGGCACCUUCCAUCUCGACAGCCACACCUGCUCUUCUGCUCCUCCAAGCACACACGCACCCACCGAUACAUACACGACCUCUUUUUUUUCACUUUCUCAUUCAUCAUCGAGUAUCCUCUCUCUCUCUCUCUGUGUGUCUCAACUCUACCCCCGCCAUCUCCGAAUUGCGCAUUCCAAACCCGUCCCGAGGCGCCCGCGUGUGUGUCUGUGGCUCUCCCGUCUCGUCUCCGCCAAUCCGCGCUAGACCGCCCGCUUCAGCUCACAGCCUCACUGCCACGCCCGCCUGCCCUGCUCUGCUGCUCUGCUGCCCUGCCCUGCCACUCCUCCACCGCAGCCAACCAACCUCCCAUCUCAUCCCAACCCGGUCCGACGCCCGCUCUCCCUCCCUCUCUCUCGCUCCGCUCCUCCAUCGUGCCUCGCCGUCGUAGUCGCAUCGCAUCGCGACAUCACUCUCUGCCUCGACUGCUUUCCUGCCCGCAUCCCGCACCACCCUCGACCUGAAGCACCUGUCGCAUUGCCUUGCAUUGCCUGGCGCGCAUCCUACCCACCUGCUCCGACCACCACCACCACCAUCACCUCCACCAUAACCGCUUGCUGCUCAUCAAUCCCAUGAGAAUAGCCACCCGCGUGCCACGUCGUCAUCGUCACUCCACCCUCUCAUAAUAUCCCAAAAGGUAUGUUUCUUGCUCCAAUGCGUCCCCUCCGACCCCCCGAUUGCCCAGCAUUGCAGUCGUAAACAACAAUCAUUUCGCCUCUCUCUCUCUCUCUCUGCCGCCCUUUGCCAACCCCAUCGCAGCACAUGCUAACGCGAUCAACCCCAGACAAUCAGCGUGUUUCGACCCGCUCCACAUCCAUCAGAUGGCUGCGUCGGCUCGAGCCAUUACGCCUACCCACACAGGCCCGUUUCCUGCGCCGAAUAGAGCCACCACCCCGAAUCCGCACACGGGCGCGACCUUCGGCGCUCACCUCACCAAGUCCCCGCGCGGUCUCUCACCCAGGCAGUCGCCCCAACCCUUCACAGGUGCCGCUGCCCUUGAAGACGAACGCCAGAGGCAUCAGCAGCUCUCGCGCCAGACCACGCCCAAUCCGGCCAUCGCCGUCGUUCAGAGCCUCAUUGGCGCCACCGCCCAAUCCUCCGCCGCCAAACCCCAGAACGCGCCGGCAGAGCCCUCGCAGAUGAGUGCACCCUUGGAACAGGUCGCCAGGGCCUUGGUCAUCCCCGAGCAGACGGCUGUCACUGGAGAUGCCAUGCAUACGAGUCCCGUCAGCCUCUCCAGCUAUGGCUCGGCCGAUUCCACCACCGCACCCACCGCGACCGCCAUGCAGGCAACCACCACCGGUCCCGCGCCUAUGCUACCAAACGGCCAGGAAGUCGCGCCUCAACCACCUCAACCGCCCCAACAGCAGCAACAUCAACCUUCGCCUCAGCCUCCACAACAGCCGCCGCAACCUCAACAGCAGCAGCAAAAUCAACCACAUCCACCGCCGCUUGCUCCGCAGAUGCAGCACCAGCCCAUUGCCCCGAAUCCUGGCGAGAGUCCGGGCAGCCGCGCCUUUACGUUCCCUGGACCGCUCCCCCCAGAGCACGAUCCCCGCGCUCCGACCCGCCAGAUGAGCUUGCCCGGCUACCAGAACAGCCCCAAGUCUCCCUCCACCAAGCGCCACAAGUGCCCUUACUGUUCCACCGACUUCACUCGACACCACAACCUCAAGAGUCAUCUGUUGACACACAGCCAAGAAAAGCCUUAUGAAUGCCCUACGUGCCAAGCCCGCUUCCGUCGUUUGCACGAUCUGAAACGGCAUACCAAGUUGCACACGGGCGAGCGCCCGCACACGUGCCCCAAGUGCGGCCGUAAGUUUGCACGCGGAGAUGCUCUUGCCCGUCACAACAAAGGCCAAGGUGGUUGUGCCGGCCGUCGUUCCAGCUUCGGCUUGGACGAUGACAUGGGCGAGGUGCGGGGUGAUGAUGGCAUGGAGGGGUUGGUCUACCACAACGAGCACGACGGCGAGGGUGACGAAGACGAGGAAGGAGGUCGACGUGUGAGUGAACCAGCGCGUAAGAGGCAAAAUACCGGAAACUCUACGCAAGCCCCCAGCAGCAUCUCCAAUUUGCACUAUACCGCCAAUCAAGCAAACAUGUUUAGCCAGGGUGGCAUGACCGAGAGCCCCAAACCCAUUUCUCCCGGCCAGCAAGAUCAGCAUCGCCUGGGAUCCGAUGCCAGCAUGCCGCGAUCGCCCAACAUGCACGCGAAUUUUGCUCGUGGCAUUGGCCGCGGUUCGUCCCCCAUGGCCAUGGCACCCCCUCUGGCGAAUGCUCCUCAGCUGCCCACGCUUCCAGGCCUCAACCCCGCCAUGGUGUCCAAGCAAGGUUCUCAGGGCGGCAAGGCGAAUGGUCCUAGCAUGCUCCAGCACCAGCAAGUGCCGGGUUCCGGAACCCCGUCGCAGCCCGGCAGCAUGUCAAGUCACGGAGGCGGCAGUGGUGGCAGUAUGCGCGAAAUCAUGGGUCAAGGCCCCGACAUGUGGCAAUAUGUUCGCGACGUCGAGGCCCGCAUGGCCCGCAUGGAAAAGGAACACGAGACAAAGAUGACGACACUUCAAAAUGAGGUCACCACUCUCCGCGCCCAGCUGGCCACACAACAUGCGCACAACACUCAGCAAUGA